AUGACGUGUAUUUUCAGCAAGGCCAUAAGAUUCUUUUCUCUGCUAACACUUACCCACUUACAGAGUCACAACAAAAAACCUGUCAGAAGGCUGUCAUGUGGAGAAGAGAACACUGUCUCUCCGAGCAGCGCUAGCCCCGGGCCCAGUGGCCCCAGGCUGAGUGGCAGGUCCCCGGCCCAGCUGCUCGAGAGCCCCAGCGAUGGCAGCGAGAGGGCGGCCAGCCCUGCCGAGAGCAGCGCCAGCGCAGACGCCGACAGUGAGGCCUCAGAGUGGGAGGCGGGGGGCAGAGGCGAGGAGCUGGCCACAGCGGUGUCCCAGCUGUGUGUGAGCGGCGCUGCCCUUGGAGAUGGAGAUUUGGACAGAGAAAGUCACCCAACGGGUGUCCCAAAUAAUCGAUCAGAGGACAAAGAUUCGGGGUCGCAGAGCCGCCAGCACGCCUUUCAAACGCUCUCUCAUGGCUACAUAACCACGUCGAAGGAGUGCUCAGUCCAGUCGUGCCUCUACCAGUUCACGUCCAUGGAGUUACUGAUGGGGAACAACAAGCUCCUCUGUGAGACGUGCACUGAGAAGAAGCACAAGUGCCACAAGGACGCCGGCUCUGCAGAAAAGAAAGCAGAAGGAGUUUAUACUAAUGCCAGGAAGCAGUUGCUCAUUUCUGCUGUUCCAGCAAUCUUAAUUCUCCAUCUUAAAAGAUUCCAUCAGGCUGGCAUGAGUCUUCGUAAAGUAAACAGACAUGUAGAUUUUCCACUCACGCUUGACUUGGCACCAUUCUGUUCUGCUGCCUGUAAGAAUGUAAGUGUGGGAGAUGAAGUUCUCUAUGAUCUCUAUGGCAUAGUGGAACACAGUGGCUCCAUGAGAGGAGGCCAUUACACUGCGUAUGUGAAAGUCAGACAGCCCUCCAGGACUCUGUUGGAACACAUCACUGGAAAGAAAAGCAUACCUGGUUUGAAAGAGCCUGAUAGCGAAUCAGAAGGCCAGUGGGUCCAUAUUAGUGACACCUAUGUGCAGGUGGUUCCAGAGUCAAGAGCACUUUGUGCACAAGCUUAUCUUCUAUUUUAUGAAAGAAUAUUAUAAUUAUAUGUUACAUGUUCAUUAGUUCGCUCACUUUUAUUUGAAUGCUGCAACAGUAACCAUAGCAGGUGACAUGCCUUUGUAAUAUCUUCUUAGGAAGAACACAGCCCCCAAAAGCACUUUCACUUUUUUUUUCUUUUACCAUUUUGGAGAAUGCUUUUAAAGUGAAUUAAAUUUACUGAAUGAUUUCAAAUUAGUAUCUUAAACAUAAGAGACAUUUUUGCAAAAAUUUGUCCUAGGGGGCAGAGAAAUUUACAGUAAUAGAAUAAACAUCUUGUGCUAUGGCUCAUCACUAUAAGCAUUCAGAAAUUAUCCUGGCUAAAUGAAAUCGCUUAAUACCGUGUCUCUGAAAGGCAGUGACGCUUUCCUGAUCACAUGAAAUACAUCCUGUGCCAUUAUUUAUUUUUUUAACAUUUAGCUUUUUAUACCUUAGCCAUAUUAUAAGCAAUUAUAUUUCACAUGAUUAUUUUUCAUAAUAAAUAUUAAAAUAUAUAAAUAUUAAAGAAAAUAUUCAUUCAUGUACCACUUCAUUUAAAAAUCAUCUCAGGGCUAUCCUAUGGUAUACAUAUAUUACAAUUUGGGAAACACUGCUAUACCUAUAUGAAGUAGUACUUAAUAUAACAUAGUUACCAUGUUGUAUUUUAAAUUAUUCGGCCAUAUAAGAAGGUGACACUGUAAUUUUAGUACUGUGGGUUUACAAGUAAUCAUUGCUUAGCUAAUUACUUUGAGGUUUUGAAAAUAUUGAAACAUUUUAUGAAUAUUUUCUGCAGCCUAUUCAUGGAAAAGUUAGAUAAUACUGGUCGAUCAAGGUCAAAAUAUAAUCACAGAUAAUUAUAACAUACAGAAUUGGUUCACAGUAAGUGAUAACCUUUGUGGCUCCAUAGGAUGCCUUUGAAAUAGAAGUUAAAAUAUUGUAUUUGUAAAUGAUAGAGAACUACAUUCUUGUACUUAACAGAGAAAUAAGUGCAUUUUUCCACUUCUGUGCUCUAGUAAAUAUUGGCCUCUGUUUCUGGGCGUAGAGAGCACUUGUGUGGGGUCUCCAGCAAGUGCCAAGCAGCAUUCCAAGAAAAGUCAGCUUGUACUUUGUUGGAGCACAAAGCAGGCACUUCUGUUUUAGAUAAUAGCAAAACUAUCAUAGUUUUCCUUCUUUAGAACACACAUUAAGCUGACAAAACUUGGCUUGAAAAAUAUUGCUUAGGCUUAAGUUGAAAAACACAUGGGUAUUUCAGGGUCAUAUUAUUGAAUCCAAAUGUAACUGCAUGAUUCAAGCAUCCUAAUCAUUAGUGCCAGUGGAUGACAGUACAGGCAAGCACUGGACAAUUUCCUAGAAAAGGGAGAAGGAAUAAAAAUAGUGGUUGUAUAUAAUGUGUGGAAAUACUAAGCAAUCCUGAUUCUUUGUAAAAAGUAAUUCUAUAACACUGUGUAUAUAUAUCAUCAUCAAGGUUACCAGUGCUGCCUUUUGAUAUAU